AUGUUCGAAUCAACUACCACCACCAGUACCAGCCACACCGCCACGGCCAUGUCGUUGCACCGGCUAAGUCGCCAGAGUCUGCAAAGUCGCUAUGAAUCCGAGGAAGAAGAGGUCUCCGAAUCCGAUACGGGGGCCAACGACUUUACCCCUUCCUUGACGAGUUCUCCCCAACGCGCAAGUCACUUUGAUUCCGACGCCAGCGCGGAUGAAGCGGGCCAUGAAGAUUUGGACCUCACGCCCAGAGAGAUGUUUCCUCCCUUGGGCUGUGGUGCGAAGCGACAGCGCCCCGUCUCUCUCGACACCGUCAAGCGAAACAGCGUCCCCAGUUUCAGCGAGCAUGCCUAUAUCUUCGACCCCGAAAAGUCGGUGAUACUGGGAUUGCCCUCGUCCGACAACCAAGAGGAUCUCCUGGAUACGAGUCUGUACCUGCAGCCCACCGUCUAUGUGGCCCCGGAUGUUUCGCCGAGAGCCAAGAACGUGAGAUCGCGGUCAGCCUCGCCGGCCUCCAUCUUCUCAAUAGACUACGCCGAGAUCCAGACCGCGAAGAAGAUCACGCUCACCGAGCCCACGGCCCGGCCAUCCUUGGUCUUUAUCAACUCGCUGGGGCCUCGGAUCAAGCAUGCUCGAUCUCGAACGCGAAAGACUUCCCGAGACCGCGAGUCACGCAUCCUCGAUGGGAAGCUGCUGGACAACGCCCCGGAUCCCUCUGGGUCCACCGGUAUCAAACCAUCGUCCAUUUCUCCCAUCACCGAGAGCAUCGAACCCGCAUCCCCCAAGGAUGUAGCCUCGCCAUUCAUGUCCAAUCUCUCGCGGGUCGAGCAGACUCGCAGCGACAACGACCAAACGCCUCCCCCUUCCCAAAGUGCCACCAUCCAAUCCGUCUCCGAGAUUCCCACCAUCCCCAUUCUUCCUCUAUCCCCUCACAUGCGAUCUCAAUCGAUGCAUCGCCUCCGGCCUCGCACCGCGGGUGAUGAUUCAUGCUCAUCCCCAAUUCCGUCCCCUCGAUCCCGUCGCCCGACAGAACCGGGUCUUCGCCCACCCUCGAUUCGCAGCAACAGCAACAGCAGCGUCCCUUCCUUUGGCUCUCGCCCCGCCUCCCCCUUCUUUUCCGACCUGAACUACAUCCGCGACCACUCGUUCAGCGAUGCCGGAUCGAUCAUCUCCCGCACCUGCAGCCCCCUCUCCUGCGCCUCCUCGCCGCCACCCCCUCCCUUCUAUCAGUUGCCUACCCAGCCUUCCAAACGCGGCCACACCGGGUCCAAGAGCAGUGUGUCCAGCCUCUUUGCCCAACGCUCCCCAUCAUCCAACGCAUGA